CGAAUGUGAAAGCAAAACAAAGCAUAAGUAAAGAAAGCGACUUCUAAACGGAUUUUUGGAGCAGUAAAAUUUUAGUUUUCUAUCUUUUUCCAACAAAUUCAGAGCAAUUUUAAAUGCCGCGAACCUUGUCGCGCCAUGAAUACAACGGAUAUUUGUCGCGCGUGUAUGGAGGACGAUUGUGACGCGUUCAUUCCGCUGUUCAACUCGAGGGUAGAUGUGCCGGUAACUCCGGCAGUCAUGAUUUCCGAUUGCGGCGGAAUUUCGGUCGAACAGGAUGAUGGCCUACCGGGAGUGGUUUGCACGGAAUGUCUGGAUGCCCUCCGCGUGGCGUACAAGAUUCGAGAAAAAUGUCGCACGACGGACCGGAAGCUGAGGAAGAUUUUGAACUUGAUCCGACCUGAGCUUCCUUCUGUUGUUACUCUUUCUAAUAGUCCUGGUGGGGAAGUGGAAUGUGAGGGUAUUCCCAAUAAGGAGGAGAUUCAAGUACAGGAAUCGCCCACACCGGAUGAAACCAAUUUAGUCGAAAACCUCUCUUUGGACAUCAAAUCUGAGUUACUUCCUGUACCCUCCGUUGAUUGUAUUGAAGAAGAAAAGGAGACAGGUUCUGCAGAUGUAGAUGCUGGUAUGAACGAAUCGUCUAGUCCUUCCGGUGAUCAGGAUCAAAGAUGCACCCAGGAAGUUGUAGAAGAGAUCCAGAACAAUCUGGAGAUCACUGAACCUCCCGUUGAGCACAUGAAACAGGAGGAAAUCCAAGAACUGACGCAUUUCGAACCUGAAUAUCUAGUUGAAGAAUUAAAAGAAUCGAAUGAAGAGGCUGUAGAUGAUAGUCAAAGACUUGAUAUGGCGCCUCCUCUUCCAUCGGAGGAAACCAGUAAGGAUUCUCCAGAACAGGCAGAACUGCCACUGGUGGUCGCAGAGGAAAGUGAUGCUUUAGACGAAGCCCUCGUCUACGAAGACAUGGAAGUGGAAGCCCUGGAAGAGAUAGAAUAUGUAGAUUUCGAAGCAAUCGAUGAGGAUUUCCAAGUGCCAGAAUCAGACCUCCAAGAAGCCGCCGUUUGCUGUGGAUGUCCGAUGGAGUUCUCCUCAAAGCCCGAACUCGAGCACCAUUCCAAACUGGUCCACCUGCCGGAAAAGGACAAGGACACCUCCCUGCAGGAUUGGUACAUGUGCACCAUUUGCUACAAGCGACACAGCUCCCCGAAAGCUCUUGAACUUCACCAAAGGUCCCGGGUCAGCAGAAAGUUACGAACCUGUGCGAGUUGCCAUCUGGUGUUGAAUAGCGUGCGCAAGAAAAGGCACCACGAGCAGUUGCACAAACUUUUGCCGGAGGAUUUUGCGGUGAACUGUUGUGGGUGUGAUCAGGUGGUUCCGUUUAGUCAGCUGGGAUCCCACGCGGAACAGACACACCUGGCGGCGAGGCAGACGAUUUCGGAGUCGACAAAACUAUCAAAGUUCGUUUGUGAAAUAUGCUUUCUGGACUGUGGUAUUAAACAGCGCUUGGAUAUCCAUCAAGCUAAACAGGAGAUACCCGAAGUGGUCCUGAAGAAGACAAAUCCCCAGGAAGAUGAAUUCAUAGCACCGGUGGCAGAUUUCGGUGGCAUUCAACGCUUCAUAUGUGAUAUAUGCGAGAAGAACUUUUCCACCAAAGGAAACCUGAAAGCUCAUCGAAUCCUACACAUAAGUUCGGAUAAACCGUUCAAGUGCGAUCAGUGCGACAAAGCUUUCUCCAAGAAGUGCAACUACAACGUGCACAUGCUUCGGAUUCAUUCGUCGGGAAAUCAGUUUCCCUGUGGAGAGUGCGAUAAAAGCUUCAAAUGUGCAUCGAAUCUGAAAACGCACAUGCGCGUCCACACAAAGGAACGACCCUACCAAUGUGACUUUUGUCCGAAAACCUUCGGCUACCUGUCGGACAAGCGACGGCACGAAGUUGGACAUUCGGGAAACUAUCCAUUCAAAUGUGAUCUCUGUGGGAAACCUUUCGCUCGGAAGACGUUGCUAAGCAGGCACUUGGACGCCUGUAGGAAGCGUUUGAGUAAAAAGUCGCUAGGCGGACGAAGCAAAGUAGAAUCGGAAUCCCAUGAACCAACGCAUGCGUGUGAUUUGUGCGAGGACUGGUUUUCGACGAUGGAAGAACUAGCUGAUCAUCACGCAAAUAUGCACAUUCAAACAUUGGACGAAGCUUCCUACGAUGCUGAGGUGGAAAUAGAAUAGGCACAUAAUGGGCUGUAUGGUUGUCCGAAAUGCACAACACGUGGGCGCAGCAUUGGGCACAGAACAGUGUUCCCCAAUAUCGGUUUUGAAUUGAGGACUGACGAUUCAUUUUUAAAUUUGUCGGACCCCCAUCAUCUGUCAGAUCGAUUACCUCCGUUGGCAACGAUAGGAAUUGGGUGUGUUUCCUGUGUACCAAUCGACUACAUGCACAAUGUAUGUUUGGGCGGAAUGAAAUCUCUUCUGAAGUUGUGGGUGGAAACUUCAGGUAAGAGUUAUAGUUUGACACCGGCUCAGAAAUGUAUCAUCGAUUCGCGCAUCGAAGCUGUAAAACGCCAAGUAUGCAGCGAUUUUUCUCGGACUCCACGACCUCUGACUGAUUUGAAGUGGUUCAAGGCAACAGAACUACGAUUAUUAUUGUUGUAUUUGGGACCGUUUAUAUUUUUAAACGUGAUGAGCGAUGCGUAUUAUAAUCAUUUCUUAAAACUUCAUGCAGCCAUUCGCAUAUUAUGUCAUCCUGUUAAGUAUCAAACGGAAAAUGAUAAAGCGAAGAAUUUACUAGAAGCUUUCGGCCAUGAGUUCAUGACGUUGUAUGGAGAACAUCUGUUUGUUUAUAAUUUUCACUUGCUCACACAUCUGCCCGAUGAUUGUCUCCUACACGGCUGUUUGGACUCGUUUUCUGCCUUUCCGUUUGAAAAUUAUAUGCAAACUUUGUUACGCUAUGUAAAAAAAUCAUCAUAUCCCUUACAACAGUUUAGAAAUAGAUUUGGUGAGCACUUGAAGUAUGACGUUACGAAAAAAGCAUUGCUACGGCAACGAGGGUCAUCCUACUCUGUGAUCACAAACAGACAGAAUACUAUAAUUUCGAUAGAUGGAAGAGAUAACUUCAUAUGUAAAGAUAAUCAAAUUUUCAAAGUGCAAAACAUCAAACGAGUAGGUAAACAUAUGAUUCUCGACUGUAAUGCUGUAAUGGAAUUGAACUCUCUAUACGUUGAACCUAUGGAAUCAAUUGCCAAUGGAGUUUACUAUUGUCGCGAUGAGCUUAUAUUUUGUGAUGUAAUGAUGUCAAUUGACGCAAAUGAGGUGACCAAAGUACAACGCAUAGUGCUCGAUGAAAUAACAGGUUUUAUAGAAGUAUUACAUACUGGUGUUUAAAAAUGAUUUCGUUUGGUAUAAAUGGCUAUGUAGUAUUAAAUAUUAGAAAAAAUAUAA